UGCUUGAUGGUAGCAUUCUAUUAUUAUACAUACCAACAUCAUGUCGCUCAUAUGCUCCAUUAGUGGCGUACAGCCUGAGGAGCCGUGUAUUAGCAAGACGGGCUAUGUCUUUGAGAGGAAGCUGAUUGAGAAGCAUCUUCAGGAAUCGCAGACAUGCCCUGCCACUGGCAAGCCCUUGACUGUGGAUGAUCUGAUACCAAUACAAUGUGACAAAACUGUUAUCCCAAGGCCUGCAACGGCCAUGAGUAUACCUGGAUUACUCUCCUUGAUGCAGAGUGAGUGGGACGCUCUAGCUUUGGAGACCUACAACCUGCGGAAGCACACCAACACAGUCAGGAAGCAGCUUUGCCAGAGCCUGUAUGAACACGAUGCUGCAACUAGGGUCAUUGCCAGGUUAAUCAAGGAGCGCGAUGCUGCGCUCCAGCAGGUGGAAUCCCUGGAAAAGCUACUAUUGGAGUUCCGAACCAACUACAAUGCCGGUGCCAUUGAAGUUGGUCUUGACGACAGCAGUGUAUCGCGCAUUGAGGAUCUUGCGAAGGCACUUAUGGCAGAACGUAAGAAGCGCGAUGUUGCUAGGUACAGCACCACGGAAUCAAUCGCAAAAUACACUCUCAAGGGUGACUACAGAGCCCACAGCUCUACCUCUCCGGGUAUUCUAUCUGUAACCCUUGAUUAUAACGCUGCCCGUGGCGGUCACAAUCUCUGCUUCACAGGUGGCGCUGACGGUGCUGUGGUCUAUUUCGAUCUAGAUGCUGGACGUACCGUUACCAGGAUGACCAGCCAUCUCAAGCCGGUGAAUACGGUCGUGUCACACCCAUAUGCAAAUGUAGUCAUUUCAGGAUCCGAUGACAAGACAGUGCGUGUAUGGAAGGGCCCUGAAAAUGCUGAUGCUUCUGACUUUAAGUGCUCGCACGUACUGAAGUCUAGCAAGGCUCCUGUGGUCAGCAUGUCACUUCACCCAAGUAAUGAAUACUUCCUUGCUGGCGCCUCAGAUGGCUUGUGGCAUUUGGUAGACCUGGAAUCAGGUCAAAUUAUCAAAAUAUGCCGCGAUAUACCUUCGCCGUGCUCUAAGGUACAAUUCCAUCCAGAUGGAUUGCUGGCAGCUGGUAGUGGUACCGACGGUGCUGUCCAUAUAUGGGAUAUACGCACGCAGUCGCUUGCAAGUACCCUGAAACAUGACACUGCGACGUCGCCAUUAUCAUCGCUAUCAUUUAGUGAAAAUGGUUACCACCUGGCGACAGUGUCACAGGAAGGCCACUUACGGCUAUGGGACCUGCGCAAGAGUGUUGUUUUUGCCAAUGCUGAUUGCAACAUGUCACCGACAGCGGUAUCAUUUGACGGCUCAGGCUCCACUAUAGCGGUAGCUUCCACUAAAGUGGAGCUCUACCGUCUCUUUGACAAGACACAGGUUGAGCUCAUGGGCACUUUAGAGGGGCACAGCGGGUACCUCACUGAUCUGGAGUUUGGUCCAGAUUCGAAGUUUGUACUGACCACGGCCAAGGAUAAGAGCUUGAGGCUAUUUUCCUAGGAAUAGGUACUAUAACGUGAUUCCUAGCUAAACAGUAAACACACAUAU